UUGAAGGAAGAUCCGAAAACCCCAGGAACUCUCCUCAAUAGCAUUAGAACAUUGAUCGAAUGAAAGAGAAAGCAAUGAGUGGGCUAAAGUGAAACAUUCAGCGUCCCUGUCUGCUAUGCCUUCUCGUGACCCUAGAAACAGACGGGGGAUUCUUAUAAGUCACAAAAGAAAAUAAAUAACUUCAUCCAUGGAGGGAAAGAGACAGCUCGAGAAAAGGGACUUUGGAAAAAGGCUGUCUCUAGACAGCAGUCUUGUGGAAUACAUGGACUCCAAUAAAUACAUUGAGCAUUUGCUGACUCAGCUCGAGGAGCAACACAGGAGUCUCUGGAGGGAGAAGUUGGCAGUGGCCCGACUACAGCGAGAAGUUGCCCAAAGAACAAGUGAGGGGGCCAUGCAUGAGAAGCUGAUACAUGAACUGGAAGAGGAGAGACACUUACGUCUUCAAAGCGAGAAGCGGUUGCAGGAGGUGACCCUAGAGUCUGAGCGCAACAGAAUUCAGAUGCGUGGCUUGCAGCAGCAGUUCUCCAGGAUGGAAGAAACAGUACGAAAUCUAUUGCAGAGUCAAGGAUCUCCAGAGCAGAAAAAAGAAGAAACUGUUAAUAUAAUGGUCUAUCAGGAAAAGCUGUCAGAGGAAGAGAGAAAACAUAAGGAAGCUGUGGAAGAUCUUCACAUGGUGGUUAAUGAGGAUGCGAGGAGUGAAAGCAGCAGUACAGAUGAGGGAAAAGAAAAGACCAAAUUGCUAUUAGAGAGAUUGAAAGCUCUAGAGGCAGAGAAUUCAGCGUUGGCUUUAGAGAAUGAAAAUCAAAGGGAACAAUAUGAGCGAUGUCUUGAUGAGGUAGCCAACCAAGUUGUUCAAGCUCUGCUUACUCAAAAGGAUCUAAGAGAGGAAUGUGUGAAGUUGAAAACAAGAGUGUUUGAUUUGGAACAGCAGAAUCGAACACUGAGCAUCCUAUUCCAGCAGCGAGUCAAACCCACUUCUGAUCUGCUCCUCCAGAAACUUCACUCACGCCUCUUGGAUCUUUCAUCCGGAGAUUUGCUUUCAGAGGUGGAAAGAAGCCGAAGUCUUACACAGUCACGAACUGAUGCUGAGCUGCACGAACACCAACUAAAUACAAAAUCGGCCUUGAAAUGCCCUGGCUUGGGGGCUGUCAUCCCUGGUCAUCUCUGUCCUCGAAACAGCUACAGCAGCAGCAGUGAACUCUCUCUUUCAAGCACCUGUAGCGAGUACUCCAGUGGCUCCUCCUACACGUGGCACGAUGGGAAGAACCUCAGGAAAAGGCAAUCAUCACAAAACUGGGAUAAAAGGCUAAGUAUUGAUUCUUCGCUCCCAAGUGGCUUUGCUAGUCCUACAAAUGAACUACCUCCAACUCGUAUCAAGGAAAGCCACAUUUUGGAAGGGCUAAGAAAGCUACAGAAGCGAAAAGUGUUACUUGAACCCCCAUCAGUGAUAACCAAAUGGGGUUAUAAAGAUUGCAUGAACUCGAAUGAAGGAAUAUAUUCUCCUGGAAUUAAAAGUAGCAGCCUCAAGGAGUAUCCCCCCUGCAAAACAGCUGACCUGGGGAGCCCCUGCAAGGAACCCCACAAGACAUUUGUUUAUGACCUAGAUUCCCACGAUGAUGCGGACGAUGACUCCUCCACCUUAGCAUUGCUCCAAGCAGUUCCAAACCAGAGCUGCAGGCCACAUGGCAGUAAAUUAACCCACAGUGUUUCUGACAGUCUGUUUGGCUGGGAGACAAACAGAAAACACUUUCUGGAAGGCACAUCCUCAGUUUAUCCCAGGGAAAGACCUGAAAAGCUGACAAGUUGUGCCAGCAGCUGUCCCUUAGAGAUGAAGCUGUGCCCAAGUGUGCAGACGCCUCAGGUACAGAGGGAGAGGGGCCCCCAUGGCCAAGGCCAUGGCCGCAUGGCUCUCAACCUCCAGCUUUCAGACACUGAUGACAAUGAAACGCUCGAUGAGCUGCACAUAGAGAGCAGUGAUGAGAAAAGUCCUUCAGAUGUGUCAUUGGCUGCCGACACCGACAAGUCCGUGGAGAACCUGGAUGUCUUUGUGGGGUUUGGGAAAUCUCUAUGUGGGUCUCCUGAUGAGGAGGAAAAACAAGUGCCCAUCCCUUCAGAGACUAGGCCAAAGACGUUUAGUUUCAUUAAGCAGCAAAGAGUUGUAAAAAGGACUUCUUCAGAAGAAUGUGUGACUGUGAUAUUUGAUGCGGAAGAUGGUGAGCCCAUUGAAUUCAGCUCUCACCAAACUGGAGUUGUCACUGUUACCAGAAAUGAAAUUUCCAUCAAUUCAGCUCCUACUGGACCCAAGGCAGAACAUACUGAACUUUUACCUCAGGGAAUUGCUUGUUUACAGCCACGAGCUGCUGCAAGAGACUAUACUUUCUUUAAAAGGUCUGAAGAGGACCCUGAGAAAAACAUUCCAAAAGAUAAUGUAGAUAAUGUUCCCAGGGUGUCCACUGAAUCUUUCAGCUCCAGGACGGUGACACAAAAUCCUCAGCAGCAAAAGCUGGUCAAACCAACACACGCUAUAUCAUGCCAGAGUAAUUCCAGGUCUUCGGCGCCCAUGGGCAUCUAUCGAAAGCAAAAUCUGACAAAAAUACCUGCCAGGGGCAAGUCUUCACCUCAGAAAUCAAAACUAAUGGAGCCUGAAGCCUCCACACUACUCCCUUCAUCUGGCCUGGUGACUCUUGAAAAAUCACCAGCCUUAGCUCCUGGGAAACUCUCACGAUUCACGAAGACUGAGAGCUCAGGGCCCCUCUUUGAAUUACGACCAGAUCCACACAUUCCAAAACAUCCCGCCCAACUUCUGCACAGCUCCAGGAUGCCCAGCAGGAGGGACUGGGUCCAGUGCCCCAAGAAUCAGACUCCAGGGUCACGGUCAAGGCCUGCCAUUGAGUCUAGUGACAGUGGAGAGCCCCCCACGAGGGAUGAACACUGUGGCUCUGGGCCAGAGGCAGGGGCGAAAUCCCCUUCCCCUCCGCCCCCUCCAGGCAGGUCCGUCUCCCUGCUGGCCAGGCCCAGCUGUGACUAUUCACCAGCACCUUCAUCCACCAAGUCCGAAACCAGGGUCCCCAGUGAAACAGCAAGGACCCCAUUCAAAUCGCCGCUGCUGAAAGGAACCUCUGCUCCAGUUAUUUAUUCUAAUCCGGCCAUGACAGAAGUGCAGAGGAAGAAAUCUUCCGCGGCCUUCAAAAAGCCUAUCUUCACUCACCCUAUGCCCUCCCCAGAAGCAGUCAUUCAAACCCGAUGCUCUGCUCAUGCCCCCUCCAGCUCCUUCACCGUAAUGGCUCUGGGGCCUCCAAAGGUCUCUCCGAAGAGAGGUAUCCCCAAAACCUCUCCUCGCCAAACACUUGGGACCCCACAAAUGGACACAGGAUUACAGACUCCCAGGAUUUCUCCUUCAACCCAUGAGCCACUGGAAAUGACGUCCUCCAAAAGUGUAUCUCCAGGGAGAAAAGGACAAUUGAAUGAUAGCGCCUCCACACCCCCCAAGCGUUCCUUCUUAGGGGUGAACGAGUCACCAUCAUCUCAGGUCAGCAGUUCCUCAUCGUCCUCAUCACCCUCCAAAAGCCAUAACAGCCCUCAUGGUUGUCAAAGUGCUCAUGAGAAAGGACUGAAAACUCGCCUUCCGGUGGGACUCAAAGUGCUCAUGAAGUCUCCCCAGCUGCUCAGGAAAAGUUCCACCGUGCCAGGGAAACAUGAAAAAGACAGUUUAAAUGAAGCCUCCAAAAGUUCCGUGGCUGUGAACAAGUCUAAGCCAGAGGACUCCAAGAAUCCAGCAAGCAUGGACAUCACAGCGGGUGAAAGAAAUGUGACCAUAUCGGAUUCACAAGCACAGGACAGUUUAGCUGAUGGGCUUCCCCUGGAAACAGCACUACAAGAGUCAUUGGAAAGUAGCAUCCCUGGGAGUGAUCGAAGGGAUGGGGUAGAUAAUAGAUCCAUGAAAAGAUCCCUUUCCUCCAGCAAACCACACCUAAAACCAGCUCUGGGCAUGAAUGGCGCCAAAGCCCGCAGCCAGAGCUUCAGUACGCACUCAGGAGACAAGCCUUCCACGCCCCCCAUGGAAGGGCCAGGCAAAGUCCGAACUCAGAUCAUUACCAAUACUGCCGAGAGAGGCAAUUCUCUUACCCGGCAGAACUCUUCCACGGAAAGCUCUCCCAACAAGGCCCCUUCUGCUCCCGUGUUGGAGAGUCUCCCCAGUGCUGGGAGGCCCUUGGGGCACCCCUCCUCCAGGCAGGGCUCCCUGGGGAUCUCAGGCAGCUUCAGCAGUCAGCAUGGGAGCCCAAGUAAGUUGCCUUUGAGGAUCCCUCCAAAGUCUGAGGGACUCCUCAUCCCACCUGGAAAGGAAGACCAGCAGGCCUUCACCCCGGGAGAGUGCCCCAAUGCCAAUAUGGCUAUACUUGCGGAACCAGGCAGUGACUGCCACAGGUGCCCACCCACCCCAACAGACUGCCCUGAAGCCCCGCAGAGCCCAGGGAGGACUCAGUAUCCAAGCACUUUUGAAACAAGCAGUACAUCCAAGCUAGAAACUUCUGGAGGGCAUCCAGAUGCCUCUGCAACUGCGACUGAUGCUGUGAGUUCAGAAGCCCCCCUCUCACCCACAAUCGAAGAAAAGGUCAUGUUGUGCAUUCAGGAAAAUGUGGAAAAGGGCCAAGUGCAAACAAAGCCCACCUCUGUGGAAGCAAAGCAGAAGCCUGGGCCUUCUUUUGCCAGCUGGUUUGGUUUUCGGAGGAGUAGACUUCCAGCUCUGAGUAGCAGGAAAAUGGACAUCUCCAAAACCAAAGUAGAAAAGAAAGAUGCAAAAGUCUUGGGGUUUGGAAACAGACAACUAAAAUCAGAAAGAAAAAAAGAGAAAAAGAAGCCUGAACUACAGUGUGAGACAGAAAAUGAGCUUAUCAAGGACACCAAGUCAGCAGAUAAUCCAGAUGGCGGUUUACAAAGCAAAAAUAAUCGGAGAACACCACAAGACAUUUACAACCAACUGAAGAUUGAACCAAGGAAUAGACACAGCCCUGUUGCAUGUUCAAUGAAAGACACCUUCAUGACGGAACUCUUGAACAGAGUUGAUAAGAAAGCAGCCCCACAGACAGAAAGUGGAUCAAGUAAUGCUUCCUGCAGGAAUGUGUUAAAGGGCAGUUCUCAGGGCUCCUGUCUCAUCGGCAGCUCUAUCAGCAGUCAAGGAAACCACAAGAAAAACAUGAAAAUCAAAGCCGAUAUGGAAGUACCAAAAGACUCCCUGGUGAAAGAGGCAAAUGAAAAUUUGCAAGAGGAUGAAGACGAUGCAGUUGCAGAUUCUGUAUUUCAGAGCCACAUCAUAGAAUCCAACUGCCAGAUGAGAACAUUGGACAGUGGGAUCGGAACCUUCCCACUCCCAGACUCGGGAAAUCGCUCGACAGGACGGUACCUAUGCCAGCCAGACUCCCCAGAGGACGCUGAGCCUCUCCUGCCUCUCCAGUCAGCCCUUUCUGCAGUUUCUUCCAUGAGAGCCCAAACGCUUGAACGUGAAGUGCCUUCCUCCACAGAUGGCCAGCGCCCUGCAGAUAGCGCCAUUGUUCAUUCCACAUCCGACCCCAUCAUGACCGCCAGAGGGAUGCGGCCUCUUCAAAGCCGCCUCCCCAAACCAGCUUCCUCAGGAAAAGUCAGUUCCCAAAAGCAGAAUGAAGCAGAGCCAAGGCCUCAGACAUGCUCAUCUUUCGGAUAUGCUGAAGACCCAAUGGCAAGCCAGCCGCUUCCAGACUGGGGGGGUGAAGAUGCCGCCACCGGGACCCAGGACAAGGCACCCAGAAUGUGUACGUACUCUGCCAGCGGUGGCAGUAAUAGUGACAGUGACCCGGACUAUGGAGAUAAUGGUUUUGGAGCUGGAAGGGGACAGUUAGUGAAAGCACUGAAGAGCGCUGCCCCAGAAAUUGAAACAACUUGAAGAAACAAAAGACGAUCCCGAGAAUAGAUUAUCAAAAAUUUCCCUGGAGUCAUUCAAUAAAUUUAACAGCAAUACUGUGAUUUUAUUAGAAAAAGAGAAGAACUCUCUGAACAAGGUUGAAGGACAGAAGGAAGAAAAAGAAAAAAAUGAAGAGACAUCUUUGAGUAGUUCAGAUAGGCCUGGGGUAGACAACUUGGAAUCUUUGAGUGAUUCUUUAUAUGAUAGCUUCUCUUCCUGUGCCAGUCAAGUUUCAAAUGAUGUAUAAAGGACAUCUCUUCCCUUAGUGAGCUGGGACUGGAGCGCUUAAGAAAUGACGGGUGGGGGCGGGGGGUGCAUCGCUCGAUAGAGAUGACAAUAAUAAACUAUUGCAGUACCAGAGCCUUCAUUGUCAAAUUCACAGCAGGCAACCCACCAGAGCUUAUUUCUCUGACAGGGCAAUAAAGAUAGACUCCAUUUAUUGUGUUUCAAGAGGAUUAAGCGUAAACACCCCUAUGAUACAGAAUCCUUAAUUUUGCACUUUUUUUGAAUAUUUGUACAGAAGUUGUAAAUUUUUUGGAAGAGAAUUUAUAUUUGUAGCAAAAAAAGACAGCAAUAAAUGGAAUCAGUGCCAUGCUCUUGAAAUAAUGUACUAAGUCUUAGAAGUUGACAAUAAUAUAUAUUUUUUAAAAUCCCAACUGAAGUUUUUGUGAAGUUCAUUGUCCUGGUCCUCAAAUUGUUUGUGGGUACACUCUGUAAACCUACAACAGGGCCGGCCAAAAAAUCAGAGGAUUCCUCCUCAUCUCUCCAGCUCACAAAUCUCAAUUUGAUAGAAAUGUUCAUUUUAGUGUGAUUUCAGAUUCGUUGCCAGAGAUUCAGGUGAUAGUAAUAAGUGUCAUUCUGCUUCUGCUGAAAAAUGAAAAGGGUCCUGAAGUGUGGACACUGAUUGGGAGUGUGACAUUGUAUCAGAAACGACCGAAUUCUAUUUCCAAUACCAGUUUUUCCUUCCAGACAGUUCUUUAGAUUGUCUUCUACUUAGUGCUUCUCUAUGAUCCUAUUAUUUGAUUUUUAUCUUCUUGCUCUUUUUAUUAAAAUCUGGGCACUCUAAAAAUGAAAACAAAUUUCUAUUUGCAAUGUUCACUUUUAAAAAUAAAAUUAAUGGUGCUACGAA